CUAGGUGUCAAGACUGUAUGCUGUAUGUUUAUCCCGGGGUAACGACGGGUUCGUUUAGUACGUCAAGGCGGCAGUUUUUCAGUCUUCAUUUGCAUUUUUAAAGCGGUUUGCAAGGAUUUCGAGAAAAAUUUCGCUACGGAUAGACUUCUAAAGUCUAGUAGAGUAUAUUUCAAUAGUUGUCUUGCGUGGCCAUGUUAUCUUUACUCGGGCCAUAUUGAAGAAAGGAUACGUUGUUUGCAUACACUAUACUUUGAUCAUCGGGUAAUGGAAACUAAGAAGGAAUUUGAAACAGUUUCUAUGAAGCGGGAGACUAUUGAUGCUGAGCCAAGUUGUGAUAGUAAGAUGGCAGAAAAACUCAUUGAAUUGGUGCAGCAACAUGAAGUGUUGUACAACCACUCAUUAUUGGAAUACAGAGACCAGAAUGUUCGACAACAAGCAUGGGAGGAAAUUGGGAGACAUCUAAGAAUAACAGCAGAUAACGCCAAGUCAACAUGGGACAGACUUAGACGAUGUUUCUGCAAUGCACGAAGUAGACGCAUGUCUGCAAAAAGCUUGCAUACGAAUAGAAAGACUCCACCGUGGAAAUUUGAGCAUCACAUGGAAUUUUUGCUUCCUUAUGUGGAGGUUCGAAGCAGCCUGCCAGCAAAUAUGUCGAUCGAACUAAAAGUAAAAAUUGAAAAGGAAGAUGAUCUUCAAAUCGAAACUAAUACAGCGGACAACUAUCUAGAUGGAGGUGAAAUGAAGAAUAUCAGAGUAAAAAGGGAUACCUUGGAUAUUGAAAACAAGAAUCCACUGUUAGAUAGCAUAAAAUGGGACCAGGAUGAAAAAUAUGAUUUGCUAACAGAUCGAGAAAAGAGUAUUGACGAGAUUAAGUCAGAAACAUAUAUGGAAGUAGAUAAAAUUGAACAUAUGGACAGUCCAGAUAUUAUUCAGCUCUCAGACCUCAAAAAGGCAGGCGAUACAAGUUUAGAUAUGUCAUGUGAUACUACGUUGAAUAGUUAUGUGAAAAAGGAAAUCUGGGAACAACACCAGCAGGCUGUGCACGAAAUGGAUCAUAGUGAUUCUUCCAGUUACUAUCAUACAGACUUUAAUCCUUACGAUUAUCAAUCCCAUUUUCUUGCGGAUGUUUCUAACGAGGAACAUUAUCAAACCACCUCAGAAGCUAAUUCAGAUACAGAUAUGUUUCAGUCUAAGACAAUCGGUAGCGAUAAUAUCCUGACAUGUAUACACUGUAAUGCGACCUACAGAAGUAAACAAACGAAAGAUGAUCAUAUAGUUAGAAAACAUCCUGAAUUUAUUUCAACAAUUUCAAGCAAAAUCCAUGAAUGUGCCAGCUGUCAUUACCGUACAACCAUCAAAGCUCUUUAUAUUAAACACGUGUUAAAACACCCUGAGAUGGCUAGUAGUCUUAAGUUUAGCACUUGCAUACAUUGUAAUGCUUCUUUUAAAAGUAAAAUAGAGUUAGAUGAACAUACAUUAAAAAAACACCCUGCGAACAUUGCAUCUGUUACUAGCAAAGUGCAUGAGUGUACCGAUUGUACCUAUAAAACCACUAUGAAAAAACAAUUAGAUACACAUAUGUUGAAACAUUUAAAUUCAGUAGAUAGGACUUACGUGUGUAUAUAUUGUGAAAUGAUGUUCAAAAGUAAACAGAUGCUUGAUGAUCACAUAAUCAAAAAGCAUCCAGAUUUUGUUUCUUCAAUUACGAGUAAAAUUCAUGAAUGCAACAUUUGCGAUUUCAAAACUACUAUGAAAAGCCAGCUUGUUAGACAUAUGUUGAAACAUCCCGGAUCAGUUGAAAGUCAUACAUUUAAUUAUUGUAAACAUUGUGGUGUAAGAUUUAAAAGUAAAACAGGUUUAGAUGAGCAUACCAUCAGAAAACAUCCAGAAUUUGUUUCAACUAUAACUAGCAAAAUUCACGAGUGUACAGAUUGUUCGUUCAAAACUACGAUAUCAAGUCAAAUUGUUAAACAUAUAUCUAAACAUCCUGAGAUGGCAGAUAGCUAUAGAGGUAACUCUUGUCUACACUGUGGUGCGAUAUUUGAUGGUAAACAGGUAUUAGAUGAUCACAUAAUAAAAAAACACCCAGAGUUUGCUUCUUCCGUUUCUCGUCAAAUCUAUGAUUGCCCAAAAUGCUCUUAUAAAAGUACUAUCAGAAGCCGUUUAGACAAACACUUCUUGCAACAUCCGGACCUUGAAACUAGCUUCAAACUGAGUACAUGCGAACAUUGUAACUCGACGUUUAAAAGCAAAACUUCGUUGGACGAACACACGCUUAGAAAGCACCCUUAUUUCAUCGAGUCAAUUUCCAGUAAGAUACACGAAUGUUCGAAAUGUUCGUAUAAAACUACUAUGACUAGUCAGUUGUCUAGGCAUAUGUUGAAGCAUCCAGACGCUGUUGAUGGUUUCAAAAACACGUGCAUGCACUGUAAUACUACAUUCGAGAGUAAACAAACUUUAGACGAUCAUAUACUCAAAAAACACCCGAAAUUCAUUGAAUCUAUUUCUGGUAAAAUAUACGAAUGUACCAACUGUCCAUACAAAACUACCAUAAAGAGCCGCUUGGCUAAACACAUGUUGAAUCAUCCGGAGGCUGCUGGUAGCUAUAAGCUGAGCCCGUGUCCACAUUGUAACACAACAUUCAAAAGUAAACAAACGGUAGAUGAUCAUGUACUGAAAAAACACCCCGAAUAUAUUACUUCAAUAUCAAGUAAAAUCCACGAGUGUCCAAAUUGUGAAUACAAAAGUACCAGCAAGUCUCUUUUUGACAAGCAUUUAUUGAAACAUCCCGAAAUCAUUGGUAGUUAUAAUGCGUCAUGUCAACAUUGCGACGCCAGGUACCAUAGUAAAACCGCGCUGGACGAUCACGUGAUUAAAAAACAUCCGGAAUUUGAUGCGACCGUUACUAGUAAAAUACACGUAUGUCCGACGUGUGGAUAUAGAACUUGCGCUAAAAGUAACUUGGAUAAGCAUAUAUCGUCAAAACAUCGAUAGAGAGCCAUUCCAUUUGAACCUAGAACGUCAAUUUUAUUUUAUAUAAAGUACUUAUGGAAAUCAGUUGGUCAUAUCUUGUAACAAUUGAGAUGGCAAAGUGAGCUGAAACAUUUAGAAGAGAAAUACGAGAUCCGUGGAAAUGUCCAAGAAUAAAAUUCUAGUGAUGUCUCUUCGGUGCAAUUGUAGUGUCCUGUUCCUGCUGGUCAGGGAAUACUGAGCAGAGUAUCAGACAAAAAUCUGUAUAUUUCGCAUGCCAUCUAGUCAGUUUAAAAGUUAUAGUGAAACCUGAUAGCACACCGUUGCUUGAAAUUGAUGUCACUCAUUUUAAGAACUCAAUAGAAAAAACUGUUCCACAAAAAAAAUGCUACGGACAACCAAAUAACUUGAGCGAGUUCAAACUUGACCUGAAGGCGGAUCACAUGUGUGCCUCUGUCUCCCCUCCAAGCCAGGCGCCUCCAUUGAGGAGAUCGAAAGCUACGUUCUCAGUCUCGUCAUUUAUUUUACAAACCUCGUAUAAUAAAUAAUUUUUCGCGCACGGUAAAACUACUACCUAUUAACUAUAUCAACUGUCAUCAAAAUAUCUUCUUUGCAAACUUUAUAGGUAUGUACUCACAAAGCAAUUCUAAAUUGCCCGAAUAGCUACAUGAUGUUUUACGUGUAGUCAUUUAAAUAUAUAAUAAUUGGGGUACUUUGAUGAAUAUUUUUCCAAUUUAGAGAACAUCAACUUGGAUUUCUGAGCGAUAGUGAUUAGCUGGUUAAGUACAUAUUUUUGUCAUAUUGACUAAUGCUAAUAUUUUCAAUUAAAUUGUUUCUAAGUGUUUGGGGGAACGGCAAGAUAUUCGAGGAUACUCAAGGGGUAUAAUAGUACGGGUUUAAUGUUUUCCCUGGCUACUCAGCGGUGUUGUUGGAUCUGACCUUUUGCCAGCAGGAGCUCCAAUUUUUCUUAGUCGAUUCAUUGUCUACCUUCAAAACUGCGCUUUGCCAUGACGUUGAGGGUCAAAUCAAUGUUAAUAUAAUUUUCUUUACUUUUGACCGUGGAGAUGGUAGAACGGAAAGUAUCACGUUUAACUGUGACGGUGGAUAAAAAUUAUUUUAAUAUUGUCAAAGUCUCCGUAAAAAACAUCGUCUCAAAGAAAUGAAACGAUGUUCUGAAAGUAAAACAAAAAUGAAGAUCCAUAUACAACAGCGACUCCAAGACUUUUUUUAUGAUAUGGGGUACCGUGGAGCUAUACGGGGAUACAUGGCAAAGCGGGGACGCCACACGGACUCUAGCGAGGGAACUCGUGUGCAUACAGCAUGCACACAUUCUGGCCCCGCCUACGAGAUCCGCCGGAUCGUACCUCCGCGUUCGACAGUCAGAGGCCGUCUACCACGUAGCGGCUACCACUAUGCAACCGCCGCUGCCUGGCUGUUAACUGUUGACCUUGAAACUGACCUUGGCUAUGAGCUUACAAUUAUUUGGUGCCACAAUGAUUGAAUUCCGGACAUGGAUAGAGCGGAACAUUUUACUUAGCCUUGCUCAGAGACUUUUAAGGUCAAGAUAAUUUUCGCCCAAGCUCAUAUCUAAACAUUAAUUUUUCCGUUCUAGCCGUUUUCGGGGUCAAAAGGUCGCAUUUAAAAAAAAAUUCGAGCUUGAAUAUCAAAUCAAGGUUACUAUUGAAUUGCCAGGGAAGAUAGUGAACCUGAACUAUUUGAUUUCUAUCAUACCUCUUGAAUAUUUCCAACUCUCUUGCCAUUCCUGAACUUUUAGAUUACCCCGUGCGAAAUAUGUGUAACCGCUCUUUGGCGUGUAAGAUCGACUGGCGAUAGGAUUAGCGCUCCUGAGUCAUUGCAUGUGUAGAACACUGCUUUUUCAAAUGUCUUUGUAUCGAGUUUUAUAAUGUGUAAAAUUAGAUAUAUUAUUUGUUAGUAUACCAGUUGUUUUAUUAUCUUUCCUGGAUGCAAGUACAUAAACCCUAUUUCACGAGUAUCCAUCACGUUUUGACGUCUACUGAGAUGAACAACUGAUCGGGCUAGUGACAUAUUUGUUUUAGUCUGUAACGUUGGCGAUAAUGAAUCGGUGUAAAUUCAGUAAAUCUUGUGCUAGUAGCGUUUUUUAUGUUUGCAAAUAGACUCUUCUAAAUAAAAGGGUUGUUGAUAAGUUCACAAUGAAUUUGUAGCGUACAAUGAACGAAAACAAAAUACGGUUCUGUUUACCUGACGUUGACGGAUCCGGGGUGCUCUUCCACUUAACCGUUGCCAGUAGUAAAAAACAGUCUAAACUAAAACUAACCAAAAGCACACAUAGGGUCACCUAAAUUUA